GGGAGUUUUUAUUCAGUAUAUUUAUAUAAAGAAAACCAUUGUGGCAACAUGGCUGCGACGCUGGGGCACAUGGACGAUUUUGAUGAAAAUGUGGAGCAGUGGACCACUUAUAUUGAGCGUUUCGAAACCUUUGCAUUAGCUAAUGAUAUUGGAGAGGACAAACUGGUGCCAGUGCUAUUAACUGUAAUUGGACGUACAACGUAUGGCUUGCUGCGUAGUCUUUUAGCACCGGAGAAACCAAGGGACAAAACGUUUGACCAGAUUAAAGCAGUGCUACAGCAGCAUUUUUCUCCAAAGCCUUUGGUAAUAACAGAAAGGUUUCGCUUUCACAAAAGGAACCAAGCGGAGGGGGAGUCGGUUUCACAAUAUGUUGCUGUCUUAAAGAAACUGUCUGAGCACUGUGAAUUUGGCGCUUACUUAGAGGAAGCAUUGCGUGAUCGAUUUGUUUGUGGACUAAAUAAUGAAGCGAUACAGAAACGACUGUUAACUGAAGUAGCGUUGACCUAUAAAAAAGCAGUCGAAAUCGCAAUUUCCAUGGAGAUGGUGGCACGCGAAUCGCAGCAGCUUUGUGGAUCUUUAAAAGUGAAUGAGCUAUCGGUUUCAGAUAAGAUAAGGAAAUGCAAACGAUGCGGAAGAGUUAAUCACAGUGACAGUGAUUGUUGGUACAAAGAUCAGGAUUGCCAUAACUGUGGUAAGAAGGGCCACGCAGCGCGAGUAUGUAAACAGAAGGAAUCUAUAAGGAGAGAGGAGGGAGCGCAGUAUAAAGGGAAGUCACAACGGCGAUCGGAUUAUCCUAAAAAGAGACCUGUAAAUCGCAUUAUAUUGCAGGAGGUGUCCAGUGAAGCGUCAGGUAACGAAACUGACACAGAAUUAGCCUUACAUAAGCUGAUCCAAGAAGGGGAGAAGUCACACAUUAGUGUGAAACCUAAAAUAGAAGGCACAGAAGUAGAGAUGGAGUUGGACACAGGGGCAGCAGUGUCAUUAAUUUCAAUAAAACUAUACAAGAAAUUACUGAGCCACGUGCCUCUUGAGACAACUGAUGUAGUUUUGAAGACUUACACUGGGAACCAAUAUCCCCUGAAGGAGUUAUUAAUGUGA